AUGUACAUGCCCAGUUCGAAAUGGACCUGGUCAUUCCUGUUGAUCGCCGUCUGUCAAGCUGCCAUCGGUCUGGGACUUGAAGGCUAUGUUUUUGCAAAAUUCCAGAUUUCGCUCGCUAGCGAAGCGCGGAAAACGACACAAUCACGAACCAUUCCUACGUACCUCGCCUUGUUCAUUUUCGGUUUCAUCUAUCAACUUGCUCUCGUCUGGGAUGCUCUACGCCUCAAGAACACGAUUCAAGUCAUCGGUCUCUGUCUCUACAACCUCGGUCUACUCAUAUACGCUACAGUCCAGUACGACCAGAUAGAUCGCGCCGUUGACGUACUAAAUCAGAACGCGGAGAUCAGCCCUGGCUUCGGGCAAGAUGUGAAGCCUUUCCUGAUUGCAGUACCCUGUGUUCUCGCGCUAGGUACAAUAGCCUUCAGUUUUGUGGCUUGGAAGUUGUACGAUGAGUUUGCGUGGUCAAUCUAUAAACACAUCUCAGCAGACUUGCGUUUGAAGAGACGUUACCUUGUUUACCAGAUUUACAUCGCCCUCCUCAAGUUCGACUUUUUCUUCUUCCUCGGAUUUACAGUGCAAUUCGUUGUCGUGGUUCGCGAGCAUACAUCCGACGUCGAAUUCGCGCUUACCAUCGCGGCCAUACCUGUGACCAUCGCGAUUCUGCUUGCGGCUGCAUGGUUCACAAGACGCGAAUCUACGCUGGGAAUGUGCAGCACGAUUGUCCUCUACUUCGGAGCUAUGGCGUACUUUCUUUUCAAGCUCGUGCGCAUGUAUGACACGGACAAUCCAGCCAGAGUGGCAGACUACGAGCCUGCGCGCAAAAGUUUGACGACUUUUGCUGUCAUCACGCUGCUACUGCUGAUUAUGACAAUCAUCAAUUGCGCAUGGUGUACGGCGAACUUCAACAAAGGGCUGAAACCACACAUCCAACGACGAAGAGCGAUUGGAGACGAGGACAAGAGCUAUGCGUACGAAAGACGACACAAUUCUCUAGGAGGAGCGCAUGCCAUGGGAGCAGUGCCGGCGAGGAUGACGAUUGACUGA